AUGUCUGUCGGUCAAUUGAUGCGUCUUUGGUGGGCGUUUGAUCCACCCAAGGUUGAGAAGAGCAAAGAUGCCCUCAAAUUUGGUAUACUGGGAGCCGCGAAUUCAGCUGGUAUGACCCUCACGAUACCCGCCAAGAUGCAUCCCGAAGUGGUGCUCUAUGCUGUGGCGGCCCGGGACCGAAAACGUGCCGAGGAAUUCGCGAAGAGCAACAGUAUUCCAGUUGUUAGAGAUACCUAUCAAGAAAUCCUCGAUGAUCCCAAUGUUGAUGUAAUUCUCAUCCCUUUGCCCAAUGCUUUGCAUUUCGAAUGGGCCGUGAAGGCCAUCAAGGCUGGAAAGCAUGUUCUUCUUGAGAAGCCCUCUGUGUCCAAUGCCAAGGAAGCCGAGGUGCUUUUCAAUCUUCCAGAAUUCGACCUGCCCAAUGCACCGGUCAUGCUGGAAGCCUUUCACUAUCGCUUCCACCCCAUUUGGUCGAUCUUCCGGUCGCUAAUCACUCCCGCUGAUGUGGUCCACGUGGAUACCUAUUCUAUGAUCCCCUGGUGGUUCGUCAGCAAGGACCACAUCCACUUCAAGCACCACCUUGCGGGGGGAACUAUGAUGGGAAUGGGUACUUACAAUUUCGCCGCUCUACGUCUUAUCUUUGACGCUGAGCCCGAGGAGUGCCUGGUCGCCGAUACCAAGGCCUUCACCGAAGGUAUCCACCACGACUGUGACUAUGAGUUUAAGACCAAAUUCCGCUUCCCCAAUGGCGGAAUCGGUGAGGCGUUUAGCACCCUCCAGGGCCCAAGUAUCUGGCACCCUUCCUAUGCUACAGUUACGCAUCGGAAAGUUGAGGUUGCGGAUGACAGUCUUCCUGAUUCCCAGCAGAAGUAUGUCACACGUGAGGUGACAAUCAAUGGCUGGAUUCACGCUGUCUUCUGGCAUCGGAUUGAUGUUAAGGAAUCCUUUGAGAUCCGUGACAAGGCCAGCAACAAGGUCCUUAAGAAGUGGACCGAGAAGAGAUCGCAGAAGGCCUACAAGCCUCGUGAUGCCACCGGCGAGAUUUCUAAGCUUGACGGUGAGGACCACUGGAUGUCGUUCCGGUAUCAGCUAGAGCAGUUUGUGAACCGGGUGAAGGGUCGUCCGACCCAGUACUGGGUUGAUAGACAGGACUCCCUCAACCAAAUGAAGAUGGUUGAUAUGGCAUAUGAGAAGAGUGGACUAGGAUUGAGACCUACUUCCAAGUACAUAGAUCAGGUCAAUUAG